AUGGACCACCUAGACUACGUUUUGGUCGUGACCGCUCUAUCCUCUGUUUUAUGGCUUUACACCAAGUCCAAACGCCGGUCUCCACCGUUGCCACCGGGACCUUGGGGUCUUCCAAUAGUCGGAAACCUCCCAUUCCUCAAACCGGAUCUUCACACCUACUUUCUAGACCUAGCUAAAACGCAUGGUCCCAUUUUCAAACUCUGGCUCGGAGCAAAGCUAGCAAUCGUGGUCACCUCCUCUGAGGUGGCUCGUGAGAUUCUAAAAACCAAUGACGUCAUCUUCGCUAACCACGAUGUCACUGCGGUAGGUAUGGUUAACAUGUACGGUGGUAUCGAUAUCGUCUUGUCACCGUACGGACCGAGGUGGCGAAUGCUGAGGAAAUUAUGUGUUAAUAAGAUACUGAGCAAUGCAAGGUUGGAUUUAUCCGUUAACCUACGUCGCGGAGAGACAAGGCGAACGGUUAGGUACUUAGCGGAUCAGGCUCGGGUCGGAUCGCCGGUUAACCUAGGAGAACAAAUAUUUUUGAUGAUCUUGAAUGUUUUGAGGCAGAUGUUGUGGGGCGGUACGGUUGAAGAAGAAGAAAGGGAGAUUGUUGGAGCUGAGUUCUUGGAAUUGAUUACAGAGAUGAGUGACCUCUUGAUGAAGCCAAAUAUAUCCGAUUUUUUCCCGGCAUUAAGCCGGUUUGAUCUUCAGGGUUUGGCUAAGCGUAUGCGAGACCCAACCCUGAAGAUGGACCGUCUGUUUGACCGGGUCAUUAAGAAGCGGCUGGAGAUGGAUAGGGAAAGUGAAAAGAAGGGUGAGGAUUUUUUGGAGGUCUUGUUGAAACUCAAGGAUGAAGAAGAUGACAAGACAAAUUUGAACUUGAAUGAUGUCAAGGCAUUGCUCAUGGAUAUGGUGCUCGGUGGUAUAGAAACAUCGCUACACAUCAUAGAGUUCGCGAUGGCCGAGCUAUUAAACAGACCUGAUAUCAUGAAGAGAGCUCAACAAGAGCUUGAGAAAGUUGUGGGCAAAGACAAAGUAGUGGAAGAAUCUCACAUCUCUAAACUUCCAUACAUUCUCGCUAUUAUGAAAGAAACUCUAAGGCUUCACAUGGUUGCUCCAUUCCUUAUCCCUCAUCGCCCAUCUCAAACCACCGUUGUGAGCGGAUUCACCAUCCCUAAAGAUUCAAAGGUCUUCAUUAACGUGUGGGCGAUACAUAGGAAUCCAAAUGUAUGGGAGAACCCACUGGAGUUUGAUCCUGACCGGUUUCUUGAUAAGUCUUAUGACUUCAAUGGAAACGACUUCAACUAUCUACCGUUUGGAUCUGGUCGUAGAAUAUGUGUGGGAAUGGCGAUGGGCGAGAGGGUUGUUCUUUACAAUAUCGCUACGCUUUUGCAUUCUUUUGCUUGGAAACUUCCUCAAGGAAAGAGAGUGGAAGUCGAGGAAAAGUUUGGGAUCGCCUUGAAGCUGAAGAAUCCACUUAUUGCCACGCCCGUGCUAAGGUUGUCCGAUCCAAAUCUUUAUCUCUAG